AUGGGCUGCUAUUUCUCAUGGGGAAGUUUUUUCCUGGUCCUGUGUGUAGCGCACUCCAUGUUUCUAUAUUCUUCAGGAUGCUUCAUGGAGGAGAGAGCGGCCCUCAUGGAUAUUAGAUCCUUGCUCGUGAGCGUGAGUUCCUAUGUUCCCACAUCGUGGGGGCACGGUGAUGACUGCUGCUCGUGGGAAAAAAUCACCUGUGACAAUAGCACAGGGCGAAUAUCGCGCCUCCAUCUUUUCCAGAUCUACGAGCCAAUCCCUAUCAAAGGAUCGGAUGGUUCCAUGCCUGCCGAAAUUGUGCAAGCCCAAUACUGGAACAUGAACUUGACAAUCUUCUCUUCGUUUCCGGAGCUACAGCUACUGGAUUUCUCUGCAAAUUUCGCUUGUUUACAGAAUUUCGAUGGUCUUCAAGGAUUAAGUAAGCUCAAGCAUCUCAACCUCAGGAACAACUAUUUCAUAGGGAGCAUCCCAGGAUCUGUUAGCAAACUCGUUUCUCUGGAGGUCAUAAAUCUCAGCAGAAAUAACAUGAGUGGAUCUCUUCAAAAUACAGGUUUGGGAAAUCUUCGGAAGCUGCGAAAAUUGCGUUUGGGAUCAAAUCAAUUGACUGGUAGCGUCCCUACAUCCCUAUUUGAGCUUCCAAGCCUUGAAUAUCUGGAUCUUUCACAUAAUGACUUUCAAGGACAUAUACCUAUAAACUCAUCUUGGAAGUGUUCCUCAUUGCUUCAGACAAUCAAGUUAUCGGGAAACAUGCUAAGCGGUAAAUUUGAUUUCUUCUGGCUGCGAAACUGUAGCAACCUCAAAGAGAUAGAUCUGUCUAUGAAUACUGAUUUGGUUGUCCAAGUGAAACUUCAUGGUUGGGUACCUAAUUUUGAACUGAAUACACUAAAACUUUCUUGCUGUAACCUUGACAAGAGCAUAAUUACGGAGCCAAAUUUUCUACGCACACGGCCUCACCUACAGGUUCUUGAUCUGUCCAACAAUAAUCUGCCUGGAACCAUGCCCAAUUGGUUGUUCAAAACAGUAGCGACACUUGCUUACCUGGAUCUUUCAAACAACACACUCGUUGGAUCACUAGAUCCGAUUUCGCAACACCAAAGUAGUCUUCAAUUGCUGAACAUAUCUCUGAACCAUAUUGAAGGGCAGUUACCGGCCAAUAUCAGUUCAAUGUUUCCGAGACUUAGGAUUCUUGAUGUUUCUCAUAAUAUUAUAUCUGGAGUUGUGGCAUCUUCAUUGUGCAACAUUGGCAUGAUUCAAUUUUUGGACCUAUCAAACAACAAGUUUACAGGAGAUGUACCAUCUUGCUUGUUCAGUGAUUGUCAUGCCCUGAAUAUUUUGAAGCUCUCAAACAACAGUCUUGGCGGAAUGAUCCUUGGCGGGGCCAGUAACUUGUCCUCUGUGUGGGGAAUAUACUUGGACGGCAACAGAUUUGAAGGAACUCUCCCCAGAAAUCUGUCUGGUAAUAGUGUCCAAAUUAUUGAUUUACAUGAUAAUAAGAUGUCGGGAGAACUGGACACUUUAUCUUGGGACCUUCCUUCACUGGAAGCUUUGAGCCUUGCUAGUAAUGGUUUAACUGGCGACAUUUCCCCAGGGAUUUGCACAUUAACAAGUUUACUGAUGUUAGACCUGUCAGACAACUACUUUACAGGGCGCAUGCCAAACUGCAGCAGUAGUACAUUACUACUCGAGUUUCUUAGUAUAUCUGGGAAUUCGGUGUCAGGCUCGCCGGAUGCUUUUUUCAACAACUCCUACAUUACAACUUUGGAUCUCAGCGAUAAUAAUUUCAGAGGCGACCUUGAGUUUACACAACGUCUUCCUCAAAUCAGUAUACUUCUAUUAGGCUGGAAUAAGUUUGAAGGGCAGAUCUCUUCAAAUAUCUGUCGUCUCCAAGACUUGACUAUACUAGACAUUUCACACAACAGCCUUUCGGGUUCCAUACCACCAUGUAUUGGUGGCAUUCCAUUUGAAGAGGCUAUCCAACUUUGGCCCAAUGCUGGUGCUAGAGUGACUUGGGAAGAUGGUCUCUACAAAUAUGACAAUCAAUAUGACCUCCAAGGCUUCACCUUCACAACUAAACGGAACCGAUACACAUACGGCCACAACUUCUUCACGGCGAUGUCUGGCAUUGACUUAUCUGCAAACAUGUUGUCAGGUGAUAUUCCACAUGAGAUAGGAAAUUUGAGCUAUAUCAAGUCUCUCAAUUUAUCAAACAAUUUCUUUAGUGGACUUAUUCCUACAUCGUUCGGAAACUUGAGCGAGAUUGAAAGCUUAGACCUAUCAGAAAACAGACUGAGUGGAUCAAUACCAUGGCAGUUAACCCGGCUAUCAUCGUUAGAGGUGUUCUCAGUAUCAUACAACAACCUAUCGGGAUGUCUACCUGACUCUGGUCAGUUUGGCUCAUUUGACAUCGACAGUUACAAAGGGAACAACAACCUUAGAGCAUGCACUCCCAAUUCAGCUCCCGUGGUACGGAGUGGUACCGUAGGAGAUUCGCCUGGUCAUGCUGACCCAAUCCUGUUCGUGGUCAGCGCCGUUUCAUUCGUCUUGACAUUUUGGGUCACCGUCAUAUUUUCAUUCUGUCAUUCAUUUGGACAGCGUGUUAUUCUCAAAAUGUAA